AUGCUCCAUUAUCUUUCCAAUGAAAAGCCUUUAGUGAUGGUUGUGAUAAAUAAUGCCAGAUUUUCCUUGAGCUUAAAACCAUUGAAAUUUGCUGAAAUAAUGGUAUUGUUGACAAGGUUAAUAUCAAGACGUCUUUUUCAAAUAUCUGGCAUUUCAUUCCUCUAUACUCACAAGACUAUCUCUUCUUUCUUAGCCAAGAUGAAGCUUCAAAUAUCAGAGGUAGAAACAUUAAUACUUAUGUAUCUUAUGUUACUCUUUAAAAUAAAUGCUUUUCCACUUAGUUCAGAAGCUAAUUCAGUUUUACAGUUGUUCUCAUCUGAAUUUUUGAAUAAUAUGGCGAGACAUGAGAUAGUCCGAAAAGUUUGCAGUUAA